UCAAGGUCAGUUACCAUCCCUAUUACCAGAGGUAAACAAAAAUGGAAACGCAAGCGAAAACCAAACGCUCAUUUAAAAAGCCAUUUGCUUUUGCCAAAAACUGUGCAUAUCGCCCUCUUAGGCAGAUCAGCAACUUGGAACGGAACUUAAAGUUGCCCGCUGACAGGCCCACGUACUUCACGCUCAAUGCACCGCCCUCGCUCGUGCCGGCCAAGAAAUACUCAGACAUCAGCGGUCUGCCUGCCCCAUACGCCGAUCCACAUACCAAGCUGAGAUUUGCCAACGCCGACGAAUAUGCAUCCAUGCAGCACAUGCCCUCAGACAUCAUCAACGGCUACCUCACCGUUCGCGGCUACACGAGUGCCGUGGGAUAAUCAGUAUAGGAAUAUGUAUGUCCUAUACUAGAUAUUCCCACUCUCCAGAUUGCGCCGCUCGAGGUUCUACUGGAGGUUUCCCAGUCCAAAACAACCCAUUCAUAGACUAAUUACGGACCAGCUGACCUUACUUUUACUCGGAUUGCGUGCGAGUUUGUUGUUUUCAAUAGCUUUUGAACUGCUUCCUGGCUAGAACAGUGCGUUUAGCAAAUGCUAAGGAGUAUUGCACUGAUCGUAGCUAUACUUGAGCUUCGAAGCAAUAGUUAUAAAGUUAUAAAAGUAUAGUUAUAAAAUACAUUUUUAAUCAAGGGGUAAUAUAGGGGGUUUUCCAUAACGAAUGUCUUGAAAAAUGCACGAGAUUUUAUUAUAUAAUGAAAUAGGUUCGCUUAAAAUGUAAAAUAAAAUUCCAACAAUAUUUUUUACAAACUAAACAGGCCGGAAUAAUAACACAAGUCUUCGGAAACAUAAGAGCUUGAGCCCAGAAGGAAACUUAAAACUUUAAGUAUACAAAUAUUAAGUAAAUGUUCUCGUCUUGAAUAUAGUUAAUGGAUUUUUAUUUAAGGACAUUUAUAAAUGUUUUACAAUCUA